CUGGCGGUUCAGAGCGCGGACGCACACCAGAACGACCCUUUGUUUGGCGUUAUCGGAGUUUCAAAACUAAAUACACUGCUCAAAUCCCCGCCGCUCGGGGCGCCUGGCCUAGGCCGGCUCCUUGCACGCUUACUGACACCAUCCUCAUCCCCCCCCUUCCUCCUCCUCUCUCGACAGCUCACCAUGCCCUCCGACUCUCCAGUCCAGCGCGAAGCGACAUCUCCCCAGUCUCGUUCUCCUUCUCCCUCAGGAAACGAGGUCUUGACGCUUCGCGCACUCGUCAGCACCAAGGAUGCUGGUGUCAUCAUUGGAAAAGCCGGCAAGAAUGUUGCUGACCUCAGAGACCAGACUGGCGUGAAAGCCGGGGUCAGCAAAGUCGUUCCUGGUGUGCACGAACGCGUUCUGACUGUGAGUGGUUCCGUGGAGGGUGUGGCGAAGGCCUAUGCUCUCAUCGUGUCCCAACUGAUGUCAGCGAGCCCUUCAUCCCCCACCACGAUGUCUUCCUCGCCGAAUACCUCCAUACGCCUUCUCAUUUCCCACAAUCUCAUGGGCAGCGUGAUUGGUCGUAACGGUCUGAAGAUCAAGGCGAUCCAAGACUCGUCGGGUGCGCGCAUGGUGGCGUCGAAAGACAUGCUCCCUCAAUCCACGGAGCGUAUCGUGGAGGUGCAUGGUGCCUCGGAGGCUAUCGGUCGCGCCAUCGAGGAAAUUGGCCGAUGUCUCCUGGAGGACUGGGAGCGGGGGGCAGGAACGGUUCUCUUCCAUCCAGGCGUUGGUGACGAGAGGUCGGGGCGACGGUCGUCCAACGCAAGCCGGCGUUACGGCGACGCGCCGAACGGCCGAGGUCGAACCUCUCCUUCUCCGAAUGCUUCGUCACCACCACCGACGAACCUGCGGACGCAAAACAUCUCCAUCCCUUCCGACAUGGUGGGCUGCAUCAUUGGCCGCAACGGCACCAAGAUCACUGAAAUUCGGCGGCUCUCCGGGUCUAAAAUCUCCAUCGCCAAAGAGCCCCACGACGAAACCGGCGAGCGCAUGUUCACCAUUGUCGGCACACCAGAGGCUAACGAGAAGGCGCUGUUUCUGCUCUACAACCAACUCGAGAGCGAGAAGGAGAGGCGCGUGGGACGGGACCAGCAACAGCAGGAGGAAAUGCAGGAUUAGGACCUCCGUAAGCGGCCGUGAGCUCCCAUGUCAAAUUGACAUCGCAUCGGGUGCCGCCGCACACCGUGCCCGAGGUCUUCU